UCCGCCCAUAUUACACCAGCGAGCACCCGCGAAUAUACUGUGCUGUAUGCGGAUACAUGAUGGCGCAAAACUUAAACAGUAAAAAUACUGAUGGAGAGGUCGAGCAGGAGUGUAGGAGAGAUACUGCACAUACUUCAUCGCGGAAGAGACAUAGGGAUGCUGACGACGAUGAAUCUCCCAAAAAGAAGCUGGUCACAGAGGAAUCCUUACACAGUCAAAGAGUGGCCACACAUUAUAACGCACUCCAGGAGCGUGGUCUGGCAGAGCGCAAUAGGAGCAGGAUUGUCCACAUGCGCAAUUUCAACAAUUGGUUGAAGAGUGUGCUGAUCGCGGACAUCUUGGACAAGGUGAAGCAGAAGAAAAGAGAUGUGACUGUGCUGGACCUGGGCUGUGGAAAAGGAGGAGAUCUUCUCAAAUGGAAGAAAGGACGGAUUGACAAACUGGUGUGUGCAGACAUUGCAGGCGUGUCCAUUGAACAGUGUCAGCAGCGUUAUAAUGACAUGAGACGCAGGGGUCACCCAAAUGACCACACCUUUGCAGCCGAGUUUAUCACUGCAGACUGCAGCAAGGAGUUGCUGUCUGAAAAGUUUCGUGAUCCGGAGCUUCAGUUUGACGUGUGCAGCUGUCAGUUUGUGUAUCAUUAUUCUUUCGAGAGCGAACAGCAGGCUGAAACCAUGCUGAGAAACGCCUGUGAGAGACUCAGACCUGGUGGAUUCUUUAUCGGGACAUCCCCAGAUGCAUAUGAGCUGGUGAAGCGAUUAGAGGAGUCGGACACCAACAGCUUUGGAAAUGAAGUGUACAGCGUGAACUUCCAUAAGAAAGGCGACUACCCUCUGUUCGGAUGUCAGUAUGACUUUAACCUGGAGGGAGUCGUCAAUGUGCCCGAGUUUCUGGUGUAUUUCCCUCUGUUUGAGGAAAUGGCUAAAAAGUACAACAUGCGUCUGGUCUGUAAGAAAACAUUCCGAGAGUUUUUUGAGGAGAAGGUUAAAGAUAAGAAACACAAGGUUCUCAUGCAGUGGAUGCAGGCGCUAGAGCAAUACCCUCCGGAUGAGAGAGGCCGGCUGGCGUCCGAUUCUCUGGGGGAAUAUGACCAUGCCAAGACGAUCUCUGAGAAUCCUGCUGUUAGACUUCCCUUGGGGACGCUGAGCAAGUCUGAGUGGGAGGCUACAAGCAUAUACCUGGUGUUUGUGUUUGAGAAGAUGUCGUAAGUCAGAGGAAUCGAGCAGUCGCUGCUGAUGUGUCUCCUGUGGUGUCCAGGAGCCUGCUGAACUCUUCAAUUUCACUAAAAUCUUUUUCUACAGGCAGAUCUUUUCUGAGUGGGUGGCUAAAGGAAGAGAUUGUGUUUUGAGCAUGUAGAGGAAAGGCAAUGUGUACACGAGGCACUUGAUGAUUAUUCUGAUGGAUUCUGUGGUUACUUGUAACCUGUGUUCACCCAGUACUCUUUCUCUUCAUGUCAAGCUAACAGCUGGGUAGGGUUCACGGUCCCUUUGGGUUUUACGGAUCACACUGUCUCUUUGGUUUUUGCAGAUCACACUUUCUCUUCAUGCUUGAUUGAACUCUUUGAUUUUCUUCUUCUGAAAACACCCACCUGCAGCAAAUCGCUCUUUCUUUCUGAAUGUUUUAGCCAAAGCUCCUGUCUGUUUGUGGUCAUCUGUGUAAUGUUGAUAAGUUUUUGUUUGAUGUGUGACAAGAACAUUGCCCACUGUUCUUAUAGACACAAAUCCAUGUAAACGGAGACUUGGCUUUAGGUUAGUUUUGGAGAUUUGUUUUCAAUUUGAAUUUGUAAUUAUAUUUUACUGUCAUAGUCUAAAUGUUUUAUUUAAUUCUUUAGUAUCAGAUGUCAUUGUUGAGCGCUGUGUCAGUCCUGCAAUCUGUCGAGGGAAUGUAAAGCUGUUUUAGGGGAAUUAAAUCUUGAAUUACA